AUGGCAGGCGCUGGUGCCACGACGACCAUCAGGAGCAGCUUGUUCCACUCGCAGCACCCGCUGAAGCAAUACCACUACGCCGAGGGAUCGGCCUACUCGUGCGACGCGUGCGAGCUCAGGGUCACCGGCACCGGGUACAGCUGCGACGAGUGCAACUUCGACAUUCACGCGGCGUGCCUCGGCCUCCCCGCCUCCAUCUCCUUCGCCGAGCACACCCAGCACAGGCUCGAGCUCAAGGCCCUGGGGCCGGGGGCCAGCCGCCGCUGCGACGCCUGCGGGGAGACCUCCCACGCGGGGGCCCACGUCUACCACUGCGCGACGUGCGAGUACAACGUGCACCCGAGGUGCACCUCCCUCGUCGCCGCGCCGCAGCAGGGUGGGGCUGAGAGACGGAGAGGGAGCAAACGCCGGGCGAUCAAGAUGGGUCUCAAGAUAGGGUUACUUGGCUUGAAUAUUCUGACCGGUGGGACCAUGUCGCCAGUAUUCGACGCCAUAGACACGAUGUUUAAUGGUGUCUGA